AUGGCGGGGUCGACCUCUACAGCUGGAUCUGGUUCUCAGGACCAGAGCAAGAGCAACGGUGAUGUCGACGGGAGCGGUAAUGGGGAAGUCAAGGGGAAGGGCAAGCAGAGGGCUGAGCCAGAGUUCGGUAGGAGUGGAAGUGGUGUGGAUGGAGUUGGGGUGGCAAUUGAAGGGUCGAAGGGGGCGCAUACUCCGGCAAAGAGGGAAGAGGUUGUCAGGUUGAUGCUCCAAGCUCUAAGGGAUAUCGGCUAUAGUCAAUCGGCAGAGGUCCUCGAAGCCGAGUCCGGUUACGUGCAAGAACCAGCUCUAGCGGGAUCGUUCCGCCAAGCUAUCCUCGGUGGGAGAUGGUCCGAGGCUAUCCACCUGUUGAGCGAUCUCGGAGUCGUCUUGCCCGAAGAUAGGGGUUCGGGGCGCAAGAACACCAAUAGUGCCGAUCUCACGUUUAGAAACGGAAGCGGCUCGAACUCGAAGAAACAGGACACUCCCGGUCGACGAGCCAUCUUCAUGGUGUUACGUCAAAAGUACCUCGAGUUGAUCGAAGCUGGACAGACGGUCCGAGCGCUCAAGGUCUUGAGGCUGGAGGUGGCUCCCGCUGCGACGGAUACGGCCAAAUUACAUGCGCUUUCCGGGUUGAUGAUGUGCAUGAAGAAGGCAGAUCUUUAUGCCAAAGCUAAAUGGGAUGGGGCGACGGGUUCUUCUAGACAAGAACUACUGGACGACCUACAAGAGUUCCUGCCGACUGGUGUCAUUAUGCCGCCAAAACGACUCGCGACCCUAUUCGACCAAGCUAGAAAGUACCAAGAAGGUAAUUGCGUUUACCAUAGCGGUUAUCCAGCCGAGACGCUAUUGAGCGAUCAUCGCUGUAAGCGGGAAGUUUUCCCCACUGUCGCCACCCACGUACUGGCGGAGCAUACCGACGAAGUUUGGACUAUCCAGUGGAGUCGUGAUGGCCGGUAUCUGGCGAGUGCGGGUAAAGACAUGUCUAUUAUCAUCUGGAAGGUCGAGCCCACGCCGACGCGGACUUGCGAGAAGCACAUGACGCUGCGCGGGCAUUCUGAGGCCGUCUCUGCGCUCGCUUGGUCGCCCGAUGGAUCUAGACUGGUAUCUGCGGCGGAAUCGACCGUCAUCCUGUGGGACAUGACAAUGGGCGUUCAAUUGGCGUACCUGCCGGAGACACAUCAUGACACGGUCAGCCAGGUACAAUGGAUCUCAAAUGAGGCUGGAUUUGUGACAGCAGCUAUGGAUCAGAAGAUUGUCACAUGGACGAGAGACGGAAAGCUCAAGUCGACAUUACCCACCGGACCUUUGCGGAUAUUCGACUUUGUGGUGUCAAAGGAUCUCGAUCGGAUCAUAGCAAUCACGAACGUUGUUGGCGGGCAGACUCAUGGGAACCUACGGCCUACUGCUUCGCGCUUACCGGUGGCUGGCGCAAUUCCUGGCCGGACCGGUUCUGUGCUCAACGAGAACAGCAGUGUGCCGAAUUAUAGCAUCGGCAAGAUGGAGAGGGAUAUCGUGAUUUACGACCUUGCGAAUGGUAACGUCAUUGCGUGGGUCCCGGGAGAGAUGGGAAGCAUUUCUUUAUCGGACGACGGGAACCAAGCGCUAGUGACCGCAGCGCCCAACGAUCUACAAUUGUGGAAUGUCGAAGAUAACUUCGGCCUAGUACGGCGAUACACGGAACAUCAACAUCUGGAGUAUCAGAUCAAGAGCUGUUUUGGCGGUCGCGACCGGAGCUUUGUGAUUAGUGCAAGCGAGGACUCGCGCAUCUACGUGUGGCAGAAGGAUACCGGAAAGCUGCUUGAAAAGUUGGAUGGUCACAAGGGCGUCAUCAACGCUGUAGCUUGGAAUCCGGUCUACCCUGAUCUCUUUGCGUCUUGCGCCGAUGACGAUACCAUUCGACUUUGGCAGCCAGCCUCGGUUGCUCUCUCGGUUGCCACCGCUAGAUGGGCUGGUGCGAGCUCGGACGCGCCCCAGUUAUCACCGAUAGGAGAUAUCCCGUCUGGCAUCGACAUGGACCUCGUGUUUUGA